AUAAAUCUCGAGUUAAUCGCUGCAAUAAAUUCUUCUAGCAGAAAAAGAAUAUAUAAUAAUUUUACGAUCUACUUUCCUAACUUGGUUUCGUCGAAAUUUUGUUAUAAAAUUUAAAUAUUUUGUAGAAUACCCUUGGUGAAAUGAAGGUUAUGAAAGGAAGUAGAUAUUUUUAGCUCAUUAAUUAGCGUUCAACUUAACAUGCCGCGUAUAAUUUUAUCGUACUUUUCGCAUAUGCACACCUUCAACAGAAACUGAAAAGCGGCUAUCAAAAUGUUGAUAAUUAAAAAAUAUACUUACCUACAAAACAACAAUAUCAUCAGACUUAUUUAAUAAUAACAAUUCGUAUAAACAUACAUACCGUUUCGAUACCAUAACAUAUUUUUCAUUAGGUGAAAUCAAAAUUCAAUAAAACUACACUUAGUAUAAAAUAACUUCUUUAUUUGUUUGUUAUAAUAUGCCGUACACCAAUUAAAACUGAAAAACAACGUUUAAAUUCAAAUACCAUUAAUAUCUAACAAACCAUUACGAAAUUCCCUGCUCAGUGCAUAGGUAAUUUUCAUACUUUCAUUAAAUGUUUAAACAAAAACGAUACAAUAAAAUCCAAAACCGCCGUUCGAAUGGCAACAUUACCCGACGUAAUAGGUAAUAAUGUUAAUAGUGAUAACAAUACUUUGGUGACCUUCCCAAUGAUUUUUGUACCUUACUAAUGAGCAAGUGUACGCAUACACGGAGAACGGAUUUUUUUCGAGGAGACUAAAAUAUCAAACGUUUAGCUAAUAAAUUAUUAUUAUGACAACAAAUUAGAUAGGCAGUAGGUGUAGCCAUUUUGUAAUUUUUAUGGGGUUUUAUGUGGUAGUUACUACAUGAUUUUGGAUGUUUUUAAACAAUUAAUUUCUUCGUCAAAAUCAAUUAACUUUGUAAUUUAAUGGGUUACUAAAAUUCAAAGAAGUUUUUCAAAUUUUCCAUCAUAAAACGUUCUCUCCGCCACAAAAAUCACAUUAGUAGCUUCCCGAGUUAAUCAAUGAAUAAUUAAAUAGGUUUCCGGGAAUUACAUUUACGCGAAAGAAAGAAAAAAGUUACACUUUUGUAAGAAACUGAUGCAUAAAUUGCGCAACUAACUUGUCAAUUAAAUAAUCCCCAGCAGAUCGAUUAAUUACAUCACGAACAUUCCCUUCGAUAAAGCAGUGACAAAAUCGAAUUAAACCAGAUUACAAUUAUGACGCACUGUUAAUUAGUCUCCAAUAAUAUCGGCAUUCACUGCUCGACGUCGGGCAAUUUCCUGUUUCCCAUCGCGCGCCGCAAUUACAUCAAACGCGCUUAUGCAAAUCGAAAAUGGCCGGCACAAAAAAAAACCGCCGUCGAAAAUCGCCGCCAUCUCCGCCCAUGCCGAGCUACCUGGUACACACUAUCAAUUAUAUUGUUUAUUUUAUUGUACCUCGUACUCUUUUUUCGCGAGCACGUCGGGCACGUCACAAGUCAAACAGCUUUUUGCGCCAGCAUUCAGUACCGUCAAAUGCUCGCGCUGAAACCGAGCGUAUUCCGCAUUUCCAGAAUGAGACGGGCGGCCGAAAGCGACGAUGAAAAAGUUCAUAUCGACGAAAAUUAACAAGCAGCAAUGGCGCAUCACGGUGCCCAAUCUCAACUCGACCAUAUUCAGGCGGUCACCGUCCAAGGAGGACGAGAAGACGUCGAAGCGCUCCUCCGGGUUCUACGAUUUCGCGGAAGCCCAGCAGGUGUACGAUCAGACCAGGAGCUUGCCUAACAGCGUCUACAUGGAAGCAGCCUCGUCCUCAUCGUCGUCGUGCGAAUUCGAAGACGCCAAAGGGGAGUUGGAGUUCCCGGCGCGCCCCGAAACGGUUUGCGCCAAAAUCGAAUCCAAAAACACGGAAGAGAAUAACGGCCAGUUCGAGUACGACGUGCCCAAAAUCAGCUUCAAAUUCUUUGGUAAAGACGACCAAACCGCCUUGGAAACCAACACGGAUGAGACCGAUAACGAAAUAUCCCUGAGGGUAGCGGAAAACAACACGUUAACAGUUAUAGUGCCGGACUGUGUUUCGCUUCAAGAGGAGCUUCUGGAGGAAUACGAUGAGCUGCCGCCGUGUCAUCCCAGCGAAAAGUUCGUUUCCCAAACCGAGAUGUUCGUGAGGAGCUUGGAGGACAUCCCCGUGACCGCCCUAAAAUCGGCAGGGAGCGACCCUAACCUCGCGAUAACCAUCAAGCACGUCGAGGACGAGGACGAUUUUUACCAGGUCCCUAGGCCUCUAAAGGUCACCAACAGGCUCUCGCAGUCCCUAAAAGAAUUCGAUACCAUCAACAAGGAGAAUCCCCCGGACCUCGUCAUCUUAUCGAAUCACUCGAGCCUAUCCAGCAUUGAACACAUCUCCGCCAGCCAGAUCAUCAACAUCUCCGAAGAACCCGCCAGAAUCUCCUCCAACAAUUCCAAAAGCGCUUCGAAACUGCCGAAGCUGAAGAAACCGAAAAUACUAAAAAUCGAAAAUUGGGACUACUUCAAGAACAAAUUCAACGCCUUGAUGCAAGAGCAGGCCGCGAAGCAGCGGGUGGGCGCCUUCAAUGAUAAGGAAAAGCUCACCAUCAACUUUGAAGAAAUGUACAAAAAUUCGAAAACUAAGUGCAAAAAGAUCUUUGGGAACACCAGCAAGAUGUUCAAGAAGAAACCCGACAUGGCGAGCUCCGAUCCCGCCUUUGUGCGGAAAGUUAAGGCUAGUGACAUUGAAUAUAUGCUCAACUAUAGUGCUAAUAGUGAUAAUUCGACUAGUGCCAAAGAGAACGGUAACGGUGUUAACGAGAGCAAUCAUAAUAGUAGCAACGGAACCUUUAGCGAGACUGAUUUGAACAAUACGGGAUUAUCUAAAAUUUCUUUAAACGGAACUGCCCUGAACGAUAGUAGUUUCUCGAACGAGAGUAAAGUAUCAGCGGAAGACAGCAAGAAGGACGAUUUCGAUUUUGGUGCCAUAAAGAAUGCCAUUAAGAAAAAAAUCCACUCGCAGGAGGGUCAAAACGGAUUUGAAGAUUUAAGGAGAUACGUCAAGCAAGGGGAAGAUUUUUGCAAAGAACUGUCGCAGAUUCUACAAGAAAGAAUCGAUGUGGAGUCUCAAUAUGCAAAGAGCCUUUCCAAAUUAAGCACCAAACUUUCACGGGCGUGCCGGGAAAACGUGGGCGGUUUGAACGAAGCUUGGAAAGCAGUAGCCAUAGAAUUGGAAACCAAAGCCGAGGCGCACAGGCUGCUGGGUGUAGCAUUGCAAGAAGAAACCGCCAAGCCCCUCAGAACCCUCACCGAAAACCAACACAGGAUCAGGAAAAAAUGCGAAGCCCGAGUGGACAAAUCGGCGAAACUUCUAUCAGACUACCGGGCGAGCGAAGCGAAAGGAAAGAAAAACAGCCACUCGUGCGCGAGGGAAAACGAAAAGCUCCAAGAUGCCGCCGUCUUGGACACAACCAAGUACGGCAAACAAACGAUUUCGAAAAGUUCUAGUCUCAUUCAUUUGGCGCAAAUCAAGCAGAACAACAACGACGGUUCAAAGUUGGAGGGGAAGAAGCGCAAAGCCGAAGACGCCGUUAAAAAGGCCGACGAGGAAUACUACAUGCUUUGCGUGCGAGCAGAGAGAGCAAGACUUGAAUGGGAAUCUGCGGUCCUUCGCGGUGCUAGCACGUUCCAAGCAUUGGAAGAAGAGAGGUUGAAGAAUCUCAAAUCUGUCCUUACCUCUUACUUACACCACAACAAUUUCGUUGGACCGCGAUUGAUAGAAGCCUCGCAGAGAUUGAAAGGCCCCGUGAACCAAGCAGAGCCAGCCAAAGACUUAACCACCUUCCAGAAUUUGAGGCAGUCAUCGCAGCAAGUGUCCGAGCAGCUCCUGCCGGAUUUCUACUGCGAGCACACCACAUUGGCAAUGAACACGGAGAGAAGGAAACAGGCGUUGCUGAAGUUAUUGAAAUUGAUUAGAGACGACGUCGACCGGGAGAAAAAAUCCAAAGUCGGGUUAGAAAAUCUCACGGAAGCUAUCAAACGUUUCGGAUCGGAGGAUACUCAGAAGGUUGCUGAAAAGUUGUACCAGAUUAAAUCAAUGCUGGCGUACCUGGAAGGGGCGAAAUACAAAGUGCAGAAUUCGCUAUUGGAAUUGGAAGGCAGACCAAGAGAUGAGCAUCCCUUUGCACCACACAUAACCAUCACGAGAGAUAAAUCUGGACUUCAACAAAGCGUGUUAAAGGUUCCCCAAUGGCUGAAAGACGAAUGGAACGAUUUGAACAAGAGCCCAAUAAGUCAAAAAUCGACGAAAUCGAACCAAUCGGACAAUUCCGAUCCUCACAACAACGACGUAGACGACUCAGAAUGGCUAGAUAGAGGCACCGCCGACGGGAAUUCGAACCAACACGACUCCGAUUUCGACGAAUUUUCCUCGAACUGCAGCAGCGCGGGGGAAAACUUCCACACGUCCGAGGACUCUCCGAUGGAUCCCAUAGCCACUUGUCGGGCUAUCUACGCGUACAAGCCGCUGCUUCACGACGAGCUCCCUAUCAAGGUGGGCGACAUCAUCACGGUGUAUCGGCAGCAGGACGACAACUGGUGGCUGGGCGAGUGCGGCGGAAACGUUGGAAUUUUCCCGGCUAACUACGUUGAGCUGGUACAAAAGUGAAAUCGAAGGUCGGGAAAAGUGGAUCGGAGUCGAAUUAUUUAAUCGUU